AUGAUGGGAACUAAAGUACCAUCAUAUAAUAAUAAACAGCAAAGUGGUUCAAAUGCUGGUGGAAAUGUAAAUAAUAAUAAUAAUGGACCAAAUAUAAAUAAUCCAAAUAAUCCAAAUAAUACCAACUCAUUACCAACUACAAGUGGAUAUAAUUCAUCAAGAUUCAGUGUUCCUAACCUUGAUACAGAUAAUUUUAUGACUAAUAUCAUUUCUAUGGGUGUAAAUAAAGUUGGAUGGGCACUUUAUAGGUCAAACAGUAAUAAUAAUAAUAACAAUAUUAAUAAUAAUAGCAGUAGUAGUAGUAGUAGUAAUACUAGUAAUAAUAUAAAUAGUAAUACAUUAGUUAAUGAUCCUAUACUUUUAGCAUAUUUAAAAACAAUUGAAUUGGGAGUACCUUGUCUAUGGAGAAAAACUAGAUCAAAGAAACCAAUAAAUAAUAGUAGUAACAAUAGUAAUAUAACAUCAUCUACUUCAACUGAUAGCUCAUUAAAGAAUAGAUUAAAAAAUUCACCAAGUGAAACUACACCUCCAAAUACCACAAAUAACAAUAGUAAUAAUGUAACAAAAGAUUCACCACCGAAUGCUACAAAUAAAAUGAGUACCUCUCCAAAAUCAUUAUCUCCUACCAUUUCAAAUAAUAAUAAUAAUACUACAGCAGCAGCAACGACAACAACAACAACAACAAAUAAUUCAUCUAAUUCACCAACAUCACCUACCAAUAAUAAUAAUAAUAAUAAUAAUAAUAAUUCACCAUCAUCUCAUAAUGUUGUUAAUUCACCACCAUCAACAAGUAGUAGAUCACCACCAACUGUAGCAUCAGUAACUUCAAAUACUUCAACGAUACAACCCAUUUCUCCAAUUAUAAAUAGGCAAACUUCAUCACAUAAUUAUCAACAACCACAACAACCCUAUUAUAAUCAUCAACCAUUGCAACCAAUACAAGAGUACAUUACAACAUAUGAAUUAUGGGUAUUUAAUAUUAGUAAUACAUCUUUACUAGAUUUUUCACAUUUAAACAAUGUUGAAUCAGGAAUUGUAAAUUUAGAUAAUAUAGGUUGUAAUAAUAGUGUAAUAGUUCAAUAUCUUUUUAAAUCAUUAUAUAAUUUAGUUGAGUAUAAUAUGGUAUCAAAUGAUUUUAUAAAGAUUGGAAAUUCAUUUAUAAAGAGUUCACAUAUUUUACAAAAACAAAAACAAUCGAGAAAUGAUUAUAACAACAGUAUUAUUAGUGGUAGUGUUGGAAGUAAGAAGAGGUUAUUUGAGGAUUUCACAAAUUUAUAUAUUGAAGAUGAUUGUUUAUUAUCAUGUUCAUUCUCAUUUUUUAUAUAUAAUAAAUCGAUUCACCUCCAUUUUAAUGUUGAUAAAAAAAGGUUAAAACCAUUGCAAGAAUUAAUGAAAUCUGAAUAUAUAAAUUCACCAUUAUUUACAAGUCCAAAUGCAUUCAUUGCAUUCUUUAAUAAUAAUAAUAAAAAUAAUAUUAAUAACAAUAGUAAUAAUAUUAUUAAUAACAAUAAUAAUAGUAAUAUUAAUAAUAAUAUUAAUAAUAAUAAUAAUCAACAGCAACAGCAACAACAACAACAACAACAACAACAACAACAACAACAACAACAACAACAACAACAACAACAACAACAACAACAACAACAACAACAACAACAACAACAACAACAAACAAUAAAUAAUAAUAGUAAUAAUAUAUCUAGUAAUAAUGAUAAUAAUAAUACACCAUCACAAAUGGUACCAAGUAUUGAUGGUCAUGAUUCUUCUUCUUCUUCAUCAACUCCUUCACAGGUUACUAUGCAAACUACACCAACUCAAGAAUUUUCUAAUAACAAUAAUAAUAAUAUAUCAAUUAAUACGACAACAGUACCAAUAACAGCUACAACAGCAACUGCCACAAAUAAGAUAACAACAGCAGCAACAACAACAACAACAAUUAAUAAUAAUAAUAAUAAAAUUCAAACAGAAAGUUUUGGAUCAACAAGAAAUAAGAAAUUAAAUGAUGAAGAGGAAAUUAAUUUUUCAUUAUCAUCACAACAAUGGAAACAAUUAUUUAAUAUUGGAUUAGCAAAUAAAGCAAUUAUACCAAAACAACAAACACCUCAACAACAAGAACAACAACAAAUCAUUGGAACUAUAUUUAAAAAGAAUCAAUUGGAGGUACCAAAAUCAAUUAAAACUAUCAUCACAAGAGGUAAUUCAUUACCUUUGAUCAAUACAUUUUUCCCAAUUGAAUUAUUAUUUAAAUUCUUUCCACCAAUCUCUGAUAUCUCUCAAUAUACAUACCAUGAGAAAUUAAAAGAGUUUGGUUUAGAAAUUUUUGAUAAAUCUCCAUAUGCUUUAUUAGAAAAAGGUUUAAAUUUAUUCAUAAAUAAUAAUAAUAUAAAUAUUGAAAAUAAUAAUAAUACUAGUAAUGAAAUUAAUAAUACAGGAACACAAAUACCAACAAAAUAUAAAUAUGUUGAUUUUUGGUCAUUACCAUUAUUUCAUAGUAAAGAAUCAUUAAUUUAUGGUAAUGAUCAUUUUAAUGCAACCUAUUGCGUAAAGGCUGUACCAUCACCUUCAUCACCAUUAACACAACAUCCAUCAUCACCACACUCUCCAUUCAAUAAUGUAAAUUCACCAAAAUCACCACAACACCCACCAUCUCCAAAAACUCCAAUGAUCUCUGAUGAUGAUCAAUCUUUAACAGCAAAUAACGAAAAGAAGAGACAUGGAAAAUCUCAAAAAAAAGGUAGAUCUUCAAAAAGAAAGAAGGAUGAUAAUUCAAACAAUAAUAAUAAUAAUAAUACAACAACAACAUCUACAAUUACAGCAACGACUACAACAACAACUCCAACUGCAGCAACAACUGGAAAUGAUAACUUUUUAGCACCACAAUCAAAACCACCACCAUCAAAUAUACAAGAAACAUCACAACCACAAUCACUAACGACUGUACAGCCACAACCACCACCACAACAACAGCAACAACAACAACAACAACAACAACAACAACAACAACAACAACAACAACAACAACAACAACAACAACAACAACAACAACAACAACAACAACAACAACAACAACAACAAGUUGUUAGUUCAUUUUCAGGUCAAGGAUUAAAUUCAUCAAUGGAUUUAUUUGGAUCAGAUGCAUUUGAUACAUUUAAAAAUAAAGAGGAUGAUUUAAUGCAUUUAUCAGAUACAGAUAUAGAUUUAGAUUUAUGGACAAGUCAUUAUGUACCACCAAACCAACCAACUCAAAAUGGUUCUCAAAAAAAUAAUCAAAGACCAUUACCUGUUGAAGAUCCUUUUCAAGUAUUUCAAGUACCAAAUAAACCGGCUACCACAACAACAACAACAACUACUACUACUACACCAACCCCAAACCCAACAACAACUACAACGCAACCACAAACACAACCCCAACAACAAUCCCAACAACAACAACAACCCCAACAAACAAAUCCAAUUUUACCAACAAAUUCAAAUUUAAUAACGAAUCAAAAACCACAACAAUACCAACCACCACUACAAGAUCCAUUCCAAUCAAUUGAUUCACAACAACCAAAAUCAAUUCAAUCACCAACAUUAACCAAUCAGCCAAUUGGUAUGGUAUCACCAACAUUAACCAACCAACCAUUACAACAAUAUCAACCACCUCCACCACCAACACAACAACCUCAACAAGCACACUUAAAACCACCCCCUCCAAAACAACCAUCAGCAAAAAAGAAUAGUAAAGAUGGUAUUAAUUCUGAUGAGAAUAAACCAUUUUUAGAUGGUCAAUUCCUAUGUCCUGUACCUUAUAAAGCACCAUCACUAAGUCAAAAUCAAUUACCAAUUUUACAUUUACCUCAUAAUACUGAACAAUCACCAUCAAAUGACGAUCUUAGUAAUCCAAAUCAUCUUCACCAUGGUACUCCAACUUCGGCAAUUAGUGGUGUUGGUGGAAGUUCAUCAAGUAGUGGUAAUAAUAUGAUCGGUAGUGGUGGUAUUGUCGGUAGUGGUGGUGGUAAUACAAAUGUUAGUGGUAGUGGUGGUGGUAUGGUAAGUGAUCCUUCAAAGUUAACCUAUUCAUCGGAACAUCAUGAUCCUCAUCAUCAUCAUCAUCAUCACCAUCAUCAUCAUCCACAAAAUUCCCAAAAUCUUAGAAAUUCAUACGGUAAUUCAAAUGGUGUUGGUGGUAGUCAAGAUGAAUCAAUCGAUGGUCUCACAACUGUAUAUAGAAACCUUACUCUUUCAAGACCAUUGGGUGAUAAUAAAAACAAAAAUAAUGCACCCUAUUAUUGUGCACCAUCUUAUAAACCAUUGGAUGAACAUUCAUUACCACAUCAACUUAAAUUUGAAUAUUCUUAUACACCGUUAGUUAAACCACAAAAUCAAUUAAACCAAACAAAAUAUUCACCAUUUUCAAAUAGUCAUCAUAAUCAUCAUCAUAAUACUACUACUAAUAAUAAUAAUAACCAUAAUAAUAAUAAUAAUAAUAAUCAUCCUAAUAAUCAUCAUCAAAAUAAUAAUCAUCAUCAUUUAAACAUUACAUCAUCAUUAUUUCAACCAUCGAAUAUUCAAAAUGUAAAUUCAUUACCUAAUAUUGGUAGCCAAAAGAUAAUGUCAAUAUCGCCACCAAUAACACCACCAAUGAAAGGUGGUCAUAUGAUAGGUACUGAUAUCAACAAGAACAAUAACAAAAAGAAUAAUGAUGAAGAUGAAAAUUUAGAAAUUCUUUCAACUAUUAAACAAAAAGAUGUGAAUGGAUUGGAUUCUAAUCUUUCAUCAUCUGCAUUAUUAUCAUUUUUUGAUCAAGCAAUUAAUAUAAAGACAACACCACCAAGAUCUCCAGUUUUAUCAGGAUAUAGUGGUGGUGGUAGUAAUAUGAAUAAUGGUAUUAAUGGUAAUAGUGGUUUUAUUGGGAAUGGUAAUAGUGGUUUUAAUACCAUCUCAUCAUAUCAACAAAAUAAUAUAUCAAUUGAAGAGAGUUUAGAUUUGGCUUUUACAAUUCAACAAAUGACAAUUACAAAUUAUGAUUCAACAUUUGGUUUCUCAAUUGAUAAUAGUCCAUUAAUUAAACAAAGUAUUGAUUAUUAUUUGGAGAAUUGGUUAAAGAUUUAUACUGAAACUGGAAAAGUAUUUAAUCAUCAUAGUUUACAAUUCCUAACAGAGGAAUCAAUAUCCGAUGCUUUAGAUACCGUAAUUGAUCCAUUAACUACAAAUACAAUUCUAGAAACAACCGUUAAAACUUUAUUCACAUUUUCAAAUGAAAUCUUUAAAAAGAUAUUCCCCCUAUCAUCUUUUCCACUUUCAAUUAAAGAAUUUUGUCAUUUACCUUCAAUAACUCUUAAUAAUAUCAAUAAUAAUAUUGAUUUAUUAAAUAGUCAAACUUAUCAAAAUACUAAUAAUAGUAGUAGUGGUGGUGGUAUUGAAUCACAACAAUAUUUUAGUGGUAGUAGUGGUUUAAAUAAUAGUAAUGAUAGAAAUUCAAUGAUACCAAUGGAUAAUUCUGAUGAUACUUCUGAUUUAAUGUCAAUGGAUGAUCAUAAUUCCAAAAACUUAAUAACAGGUACAUCAUUAAUAUCAACAACAGCAUCAGGAGCAGGAGCAGCAAUAACAACAAAUUUAAUAAAUCAAAACUAUGAAGAAUUCGAAUGGCUACCAAUACCAAAAAUUAUUGUUGGUUAUAAAGAGGAUUGGUUAGAAGUACCAAUUUCAACCAUUAAAUUUUGGGAUAAAGCUCAAUUGGAACCAUAUUCACCAAAGAAGAAUAUAACUUAUUUUGUAUUAUGUCCUGAUACAACUGCAAUGAGAAUGCAUGUACCUGCUUUUUUCUCGGAUUUAAGUUGUAUCUAUGAAACUAAUCAUCUUGGUAAUCAUGUAACUCAACAACAAUCACAAGUUCAACAAGCUGCUGCUGCUGCAGUUGCUGCUUCUCAACCAACACAACAAUCAUCUCAACAUCAAAGUCAACAACAACAGCAACAGGCUGCUCAACAAGCUGCUGCAGCUGCAGCUGCCGCCGCUGCUGCUCAAAAAAAUAGUUCACCUUUUUAUAAUGGAAUUUAUUAUAUACCAUCAGCAGCAAAUACAGAGUUUAAUCCUCAAACUUUUAUCAAUAGUUAUCUAUUAACUUGUAUUCAAUUUGGUGAUUAUCUAAAAGAAUUAUCAACAAAAUAUAGUGAAAAUAAUUGUAUGGUAUUAUAUAUUGUAAAUCCAUUCUCUGAUUUAUCACAAAUUAGUUUAUCAAAUCAAAAUCAAAAUCAAAAUCAAAAUAGUAAUAGUAAUGAGUCACAACAACAACAGCAACAACAAUCAAACAACAAACAAAAACAAACUCAAACUAAUGAAGAUAUUAAUCAUAUUAGGAAUUCUUACCUUUUUAUGAGUUCUUGUUUUCAAACAAUUGUACGUGAUAUAACAUGUAAUCAAAGUUUAUCAAUUACUAUUCAAACCAUACCAAUUGAACAAAUUUUAUUUGAUGAUCAUCCAUCAAUACCAGUUUCAAAGGAAUUGGCUUUCUCUGUAUUCAAUAAAUGUAGAAGAAUUUCAACAAUCUCUCCAAUGAAUUUCUCAAUUAAUAUGAAUAAUAUUAAUAAUAUGAUUGGUAAUAAUAAUAGUAAUAGUAAUAAUAGUAGUGGUUGGUAUUAUCAAUUAUUUAAUAAAAUUUAUGAACCAUUAUUUAUUUUAUCAAAUGAAUCAUCAUCAUCAUCAUCAUCAACAAUUUCAACUUCAACAUCAGCUUCGACUUCUACUUCAACCUCAAAUACAACAACAAAGAACCAACAACAACAAUCACAAUCACAACAAUCACAACAACAAUCACAACAACCAAAACAACUUUCAACACCAACCACACCAACUACAAAUAGUGUUUCAAACUCUCCUUCCCUUCAACCACAACCAUUACAAACUCCAAAUCAACUACAACCACACCAACAAGAACAAAAACAACAACAACAAAUACCAAUAAUUCAUUUUAGUUAUAUGCUAUCAGAUGAUAACAAAUGGAUUUCAUGUACAAUUGUUGAUGAACAAGGUGAAUUAUUAGAGAAUAAAUUAAUACCAUUGGCUUAUUCACAAAUUAUUGGUGAUUAUAUUUGGAAAGAUUCAUUCCAAAAUGCUUGGUUCUUUUUAACUGAAAUCAUUGGACUAUCAUUAUCAGGCCAACCUUGUCAAGUUGUCAUUGGUAAAUUUGGUAUCAUCUCAAUGCAAGAAUAUAAUGAUUGGAAAACAACUAUCAUUCAUUUCGAAGAUAAUUUAGAAGUUAUUAAACAACAUCAACAACAAUCACAAUCUCAAAAUUAUUCUUCAACUAUUGACCAAAUUUAUAAAAUUGAAAAUGUUAUUUUCUUAAAUUUAACUUUAAAUAAUAAUAUAAAAUCAUUUUUAACUGAAUAUUUAAAUGAUUCAAAAUUAUCAAAUAGUAAUAAUAUUAAAUCAGUAUCGCCAUUAUCAGGUCAAUCAUUUGCGAUUUACCCAGAAUCACCAAUUAUGUAUACCUAUAAUUUCCCAAUGAACGAUAAUAAUGAUGAUUAUAAUUCAAUUUUAAAUAAUAAUAAUAAUAAUAUUCUACCACCAUUAUCAACUUCAUUUGUAAUAACAUCACCUUCAAAUUUAUCUGGUUCUGUUUUAACCCCAACAACUACGAAUUCAAAUGUAAUUAAUAAUAAUCAAUCUAAAAAGGAGUGGCCAUUUACCUAUAUGCUAUCGAUUGUUGGUAUCCAAUCAUUACAACAUCAACAACAACAACAACAACAACAACAACAACAACAACAACAACAACAUCCAAAUAUUAUUAAUCAUCAAGAAUUAAUUAGAUCAAUAACAAGAUCUUAUCAUAGAUUAUCAUAUUUAAAUAUUUCACCAAGAUAUCCCGAUAGAUUAUCAAUUUUACCAAUUCAUUUUUCAAUUAGUAAGAGAAUGAGUAGGACAGUUUGUUUAAUCUCACCUUUAAACCCAAUUCCACCACCAAUUUUAUUUAAUCGUUGCCCAAAAUUAACUCCAAAUUCGAAGCAAUCCCCUUCCCCAAUUAAUUCCCCACAUUUAAAUAGUAACAACACAUAA